AUCAUGAACGUUAUAUUGAUCAACGUGAACGAUGGACACAUGAAACAACUGAUGAAAAGUUCAAACAAGCUGCUGUUACUUCUGAAGCCAUAUCAAGAAUGUUUAGAAUUUCUACUAAUCUUCCUAAUUCUACCCUGGAAACAAAAGAUAAACCUCCUACUCAACGACCGGUGCAGAGAAAAAACAACAGAAUAGGAGUAUCACGAAUAGAUGAAUAA